AUCCGCGUCGCAAAAUUUCCCGCCAUCCGUCGCAGUUCCAGUGUCCCACCGCCUCGCAUCCAAACAACUUUACCCAACCGCCGCCCUCAAUCUGCACUCAUCCACUACAUUCUUCUCUUCCUCCACACGACCCCACCCAACCAAGCCGCCUCGAACAGUUUCCAGAAUACUACAUCCCACCAACAUGGCGUCGCCGCCGCCGGGUGCCGGGCUUACUGAGUAUGAGCGCCGCCGCGAGGAGAACAUCCGCCGCAACGAGACUAUCCUCGCCGCGCUCCGUCGCAAGGCCGCCGAGCUCUCUGCCUCCUUCAUCCCCACGGCUUCCUCUCCCAAGCGCCCCAAGAAGCAGCAUCCCCUCGCGAGAACGACCAGCCCCGUCGUCCUCCGCCGCUCCUUGCGCACCCGCGGCAUCCCCGCCGGCGAAUCCUCCGCUUGUGACGGCGCUAACACCUCGCUAAAUACGCCGCCGUCCCCGACGAAGCCCCGCAGCACACGGUUCUCAUCCUCCCUCGCCUCGGCCCUGCGAGACGCCACCGCCGCAGAGCCGUCGCCAUCGGUCAAAAGCUGGAUCGGUGCGCCUGACGGGUUCGACCCCUGUAGGGAGCUGGUGCUACGGCCCGUGGACGUGAGGAAGGUGGUGCCGGGCCGGAUAUUGUCCUUGCGAAUCCUGCCGCUGUCCGACCGGACUGUGGUGGUUGCCGGGAACGUGCACGGGCAUAUUGGGUUCUGGGAUGUGGAUCGUCUCGUGGAGGAUGAGGAUGGUGAUGGUGUAGACGGGGUAUUCGAGUAUUUUCCUCACAGGGGGUCUGUAGGGGGCAUUGUGAUGCACCCCGCUAUGUUGCAUAAGAUUUACAGCUCUAGUUAUCAUGGUGAAAUUUGUCUCAUGGAUGUUGAGAAAGAGAACUUUAAUACAGUCUACUUGUGUGACUAUCCCAUUUUCUCGCUUUGUCAAGCACCAAAUAGUCCAAGCUCUCUAUAUUUUGCCGAGGGAAAUGAAUUAAAACUUUUUGAUGAAAGGAUGGGCAAGGUACCAACUACAUGGAGUUUACAUGAUCAUAGAAUCAACUCGAUAGAUUUUCGUCCAGAGAACCCAUAUAUAUUUGCCACAAGCUCGACAGAUCGAACAGUUUGCAUAUGGGACAUAAGAAGGAUGAAAAAGAAGGGUUCUGAGAGCUUAAAAGUUUUGGAAUACAACAAAUCCAUUCAGUCAGCUUAUUUCUCACCCAGUGGAAAUAUGCUUGCAACAACCAGCCUUGAUGACACUGUCCGAAUUUUUGACAUCGAUAACUUCGAUGAUUCAUGUACUCUUAAGCAUGAUAACAGGACAGGCAGAUGGCUGUCCACAUUCAAGGCAAUCUGGAGCUGGAAUGACAGCAAUCUAUUUGUUGGGAGCAUGAAAAGAGCAAUAGAUGUUAUCUCAGUUGAUCGCAGACAGAAGAGCAUCUCAGCUUCGUACAUGGCAUUUCUUGAGAGUGAACACAUGACAGCCAUCCCAUGCCGCUUUACGCUGCACCCGUGCAAAGUUGGCCAUCUGGCUGGUGCAAGCUCUAGUGGUAAGGUGUUUCUCUGGACCAGAGCUUGAAGCAGGCUGAUCAUCGACUGACUGGGAUGUCCUCGGCCUGUUGCUGGCCCUGUCCUGCCCAAGUUCCUGACCACGGAGAUCCUCAUCUCGCGGUUCUGUACUAAUGAUCGUUAGCAUUAUCCUGCUUUUAAUGUAUAAGGGCUAGUUUGAGAACUCUAUUUUUUCAAGGGAUUUCUGUUUUUUUAAUAGAAAAUGAACUAAUUUCUAUUGGAAAAAUAAAAAAAAUCCCUUAAAAAAAUGAGGUGGCUAAACUAGCCCUAAUAGUUUGCACUGCAUAACCAUUUGGUAUCGUGAUGCAUGUGGUUGUUCGGUCCAGUAGAAUUAGAAAUUAGUUUUCUAAACCAAUGUUAGAUCAGGAUUGUUAUGAAAAAUGUUUGAUAAGGUUGUUAAUUUGCUAUGUUUGAGGUU